AUGAUGGCAGAAGUAACGAAAUCCACGGACAUCAAAGGUCUACACAAAAAUGGCUCACUCAACGAUGAAGAAACCGGCGGAUCGCACUCAGAGGCACCCCUCGAGGUCCACGCAGACGAAGACAUCGUAGCGCGGAUGAACAACCUUGAUCCCCCUGUGACGCCAGAGGAGGAGAGACGCGUACGGAGAAAGAUUGAUAUGCGACUGCCCCCCUUCCUGCUCAUUCUCUACAUGUUCACCUGGCUGGACCGUGGGGCGCUGGGGAACGCGGCGCUGAUGGGGAUGAAGGAAGAUCUUGGGUUCACGAGCAGAGACUUCUCUCUCGCCGUGAGCAUGUUCUUUGUCGGCACGGCGAUUUCUGACCUGUUUACGAAUAUUGGGAUGAGGUAUAUCCGGCCUUCGGUGUACCUUGCUACGGCUAUGAUCAUCUGGGGCAUCUUUGCGACGCUGCAAGCUGUUGCCGGCGGUCCCAGCGGGAUGUUCGCGAUCCGGUUCUUCCUUGGCAUCUUUGAAGCGGCCUUCAUCUCCGGGGCACCGUAUCUGACGACUGUUCUCUACCCCAGAGCCGUGCUGCAGACGUACACGAUUGCGACGUUUACGCCGAUUAUUGUGGCAACGUUUGGGUAUGAUAAUGUCAAGGCGCAGUUGAUGACGGCGCCGCCGUAUUGUGUUGCGUUUGUCAUGGUGUUUGUUGUCGGGUGGGCGAGUGAUCGGAAGCCAUAUCUCUUGAGACGUUGGGUCCUUCUAGCGGCAGCUGUUCACUUAACUCCAGUGGUGUUCCAGCCGCCCGUGACAGCCGUUGGCGGUGCAGUCUCUCUAUAUCGGUGCCAAAGAGACGAAGGAGCGUCAAGUCGGCCCUGGAAUGAGGAUGGGCUGGCCUUCACGGCGUCGGAGAUGGCGUUCCUGCAAGCCGCCGCGGAGCAAACCGGACUGCAAGUAACGGACGAUUGGCUGCAGCCGGGCAUCCAGCGGACUCGUGUCUUGGCGAUGAUGGUACUUUUACAGGUGCGCAACAUCAAGACCUUGGAGCUACCCAUCCAUAUCAAAGGAUUCUUAAGAUGUCUCCCCACUGGCGUCGGAUUUCCAGCACGCUACGAUGCGCUUACGGACAUUCGGCUCGGCAAGAACACACUUGGAACGUUUGAUGCUACGGGUGAAGAUGACCCGUACUCCGGCAGCAGCGACGCGAGACGUCUGCUAGAAUCAGCACCGCGGCGCGAGACAGUCCAUCUUGAUUUCUUCGCAGGCAACUAUCGAGAUUGGUCCGCCAUGAAUUGGUCCAGCGUCAGGAACCUGCACUUGCGGCAACUAGAGAGCGAUGACGUCCAUGUGACGGAUUUGUCGACGUUUUGCUGGCUGUAUGUUCCCGCGGACCACUCACUUCAAAGAGACGGACAACACGAUCACUCAGAGUGGCUCAACAGCUUUGGCGGGUUGGAUGGCCCACUCUGUGAGAGAGUGUUUGAAGAUGGAAACCUCCCAAACCUCGAAGGGUUGGUCAUUCCGGCCUUCGAAUGUCCACACAGUCAGCAGUGUCUGUCUGCGCUGAAAAACGAGCUCAAUAAAGGCUUCGUGCAGGAGUUCUCAACCUCUUCAUCUUUGGAAACAGAUGUUGCCAUCAUGAUCUGUAAGGUAUCGAGGAAUGCUCGAGAAGGACUGUUCAUGCUCCUCACGUCAUGGCUGCCCUGUAGCGUGGAAUUCGACGACCUCCGUUGCAAAGUAGAGAUGCAGCUGGGCCACUCACCUAGCCUGAUUACUUCUGAGCUACAGGUGAAGCUCGUUCCCUCUGCUAAUUAG